AUGUUGCUGCGGCCGAACUUUGGAACAACAUAAAUCGUCCACCGAUACAAAUCCUCCGUUGCCAGGAGAAUUAUGGUAUCCGAGCAAAUGCACAAUUUCCAGUUCCACGGACGCCUAUGGAAUCUUAGAAUUUCAAGGUGGCCCCCACCCGUCGAAAGCUCAGUACAUCAGAGUGGCACAUGACACAAAACCUGAACAUCUGAUGCAGUUAAUAACUCGCGAAUGGAAUCUAGAGUUGCCGAAACUUCUCAUAUCGAUUCAGGGAGGUAAAGCCAACUUUGAACUCCAGCCUAAGUUGAAGAAGGUUCUCAGAAAAGGUUUGCUCAAAGCUGCCAGGUCGACGGGAGCCUGGAUUUUCACAGGGGGAACGAAUACAGGUGUAACAAAGCACGUGGGAGACGCGCUAUUACUAGAAAGAUCUCAAAGAACUGGUAGAGUCAAUACUUUAGGAAUAGCUCCUUGGGGUAUCGUAGAAAAUAACCAGGACCUCAUUGGGCAACACACAGAAGUACCAUAUCAUUCCAUAUCAUCACCUCGAUCCAAAAACGCAGCUUUAAACAAUAGACACGCCUAUUUUCUUCUAGUCGAUAACGGAACUGUGGGAAAAUACGGCGCCGAAAUUAUACUCAGGCGAAAAUUGGAGAAAUACAUAUCAAAACAAAGGCUAUAUCCAUUUACUCAAAGUCCAAUACCAUUAGUAUGUCUGGUGAUAGAAGGCGGUACAAACACAAUACGCGCUGUUUUGGAGUACGUUACCGAUGAACCUCCUGUACCUGUUGUAAUUUGUGAUGGAUCCGGAAGGGCAGCUGAUAUUAUCGCUUUUAUGUGCAAGUAUGAAUGUUCAGUUCUCAAGUCCAUGAAAGAGUACAUUAUAGCAACGAUCCAAAGGGCCUUUGAAGUGCCUGUAGAAUUAGCCGAUGGCCUGUUUGCUGAAUUAAUGCAGUGUGUGGAGAAUAAACAUUUAAUAACAGUUUUUAGAAUAGCCGAUAAAUACGAUCAAAAACCCCAAGAAUUGGACCAAAUAGUUUUAACAGCAUUAUUCAAGUCUCAACAUCUCUCGCCCACUGAACAACUCAGCCUAGCAUUGACAUGGAAUCGAGCAGACAUAGCCCGAUCCGAAAUUUUCGUUUACGGUCAAGAAUGGCCGGCUGGGGCGCUAGAAGAUGCCAUGAUCAAGGCCCUGGAGCACGAUCGGUGCGAUUUCGUCAAACUCCUACUAGAAAACGGGGUCAGCAUGAGAAAGUUCCUGACGAUACCAAGGCUAGAAAAUUUGUACAAUUCCAAACAAGGCCCUAGCAAUACUCUGGGAUACAUACUGAGAGAUGUUAGACCCCAUAUACCGUCCGGAUAUGUGUAUACGUUGCACGAUAUCGGUUUGGUUAUAAAUAAGUUAAUGGGAGGAGCUUACAGAGCUCUAUACACCAGAAGAAAAUUUCGACCCAUCUAUGCAAAAAUUAUGAACAAAGGUCACAGUAUGGCAAACACUUCUGGGAGAAAUUUGGGAGCGUUGGGCCUAAUUCCAGGAUGUAUACCAGGUGGUGCUAGCCCUUGUUUGUUCGAUUACCCUUUCAACGAACUACUUAUCUGGGCCGUUUUAAUGAAAAGACACAAAAUGGCGUUGUUGAUGUGGCAACAUGGCGAAGAAGCUCUAGCGAAGGCCUUAGUUGCAUGUAAACUAUAUAAAGCCAUGGCCCAUGAAGCAGCUGAAGAUGAUAUGGAAACUGAAGUUUACGAAGAAUUGCGUGGAUACGGAAAAGAAUUCGAAAACAUCGCUCUGGAAGUACUGGAUUAUUGUUAUAGACAAGACGAUGAUCAAACGCAACAACUCCUUACUUGCGAAUUGCAGAACUGGUCAGGGCAGACUUGCCUAAGUCUAGCUGUGACAGCCAAUCACAGAGCGCUAUUGGCACAUCCGUGUUCACAAAUCAUUCUCGCUGAUUUGUGGAUGGGAGGACUGCGCACAAGAAAAAACACAAAUAUUAAGGUUAUUUUAGGACUUAUUUUCAUGCCGUACAUUUUAAAAUUAGAAUUCAAAUCCAAAGAGGAGCUUCAGUUGAUGCCGCAAACUACAGAAGAACACAUGGAACUCGAAAACGAAGACGACGACAAAUCCGAUUCCGAAAAAAAUCAAGACGGCGAAAAGCAAACUAGAAGUUUGAGUAUUCGGAGCAAAGCGCCAAAGCCACAGGGUGUGAAGGCUCUCCUCACGGAAAAUUUUAUAACACGAGAUACCAUUGUGCAAGAGAAUGGCAAAAUUCUGUCCGAUUUGGACGAGUUGAAAUUUCAUAUACAAGACAGUAAGGGCAGGGAACUGAAAAUGAAAAAGAAAUUGUACGAAUUUUAUACUGCUCCUAUUACGAAAUUUUGGGCCAAUUCCAUCGCCUACAUAAUAUUUUUAGUGCUAUACAGCUACACGGUACUGGUAAGAAUGCAUCAUACACCAUCUUGGCAAGAACUCGUAUCCAUCGCUUUCAUAGUAUCGCUAGGCUGUGAGAAAUUAAGAGAACUAUUCUCUUCUGAACCUGUUGGUUUAUCCCAAAAAAUUGCGGUAUGGUCGUGGAAUAUGUGGAAUCCAUGUGACAUGGGAGCUGUUUUUAUAUUCCUCUUUGGCUUGUCAUUAAGGCUGCAGAGGGAAACUUUCCAUGUCGGAAGAGUAAUAUACUGCGUCAACUGUAUUUACUGGUACUUGCGCAUCUUGAGUAUUUUGAGUGUCAACAAAUAUCUAGGUCCGUUGGUAACAAUGAUGGGGAAAAUGGUCAAGAAUAUGAUAUACUUCGUCGUCCUGUUGUUGAUCGUUUUAAUGAGCUUCGGUGUAUCGAGGCAAGCAAUUAACCAUCCAGAUAACGAACCUAGUUGGAGAAUUGUCAAAGAGGUUUUCCUAGAACCAUACUUCAUGUUGUACGGUGAAGUAUAUGCGGACAAGAUUGACCCGGAAUGCGGGCAUUCAUUGGAAGAACCUUGUCAAACGGGAAGGUGGGUCACACCGGUCAUCAUGUCUAUAUACCUCUUGGUCGCCAACAUACUGCUAAUCAACUUACUGAUCGCCGUCUUCAACAACAUCUUUAACGAGGUGAACGCGGUCGCUCACCAGGUGUGGAUGUUCCAACGCUUCACCGGCGUAAUGGAGUACGAGCAGAAACCGCUGUUACCGCCUCCGUUCAUCCUGUUUUGCCACCUCUUCUUGCUGUUUAAGUAUUGUCGCCGGAAGAUGGAGGGUAUCGAGGAGAGCUACGACAACGGAUUGAAGCUGUUCUUGGAUAAGGACGAGAUGGAGAGGCUAUACGACUUCGAGGAAGACUGCGUCGAGGGCUAUUUCGCGGAGCAGGAGAACAAACUACAGCAGUCGACAGAGGAACGAAUCAAGAUAACCACGGAGAGGAUUGAACAUUUGACUCAGAAAGUUGAAGACAUUCACACUAAAGAGAAUCUCCAGACCACUGUCCUUCAAAACGUCGACGUACGGUCACGCAGAUACACCGAACAACUCCAAGAUCUCAUAACCGAAGUCGGAGCCCUUCGGCACAUGAUCCUUCAACAAAAACAACAAGUCGAAGUGUUCAUGCCCCCUACCAUCCAUGAAGGUAUGCGCGCGCGCACUAUUAGCGAACAAAGCGAGCUAUCCGAAGAUGGUACCGUGAUAGGUCAAAUGGUCAUACAUCCAAAAAGGAAAAAGACGAUAGUGAGGUCAUUAACAGAAGUAAGGCCAGAUGCUUACAUUUUUGAUAAUGGACAGCAUAUCGAGUAUCGGUUUGCCGAUGAAGACGAGCCGACUGAUAGGGAACAGUUGGAUAAUUUAUCGGUAGCAGGGAGUAGACAAAAUCUUACCUUGGUUCGUCAAAGGACUAAGAGCACCGAAUCUAAAACAUCCGUGGAGAGUGAUAAAAACUCGGAUAUCUCAGCUGACGACAUUGCGGGGUUAAGCAUCGAUAUUCUGAAAAACAGAGCAGCGCAGAAAAGAAGAGACUCAGCUGGUAAUACAAGAAGAGGAUCAGAAAGUGGUCCGAGCGACGAAUCAUCCAUCUCUACCAAACGCCAGUUUUCUCAAACGCAAUCUGAGCCCGAGACCUCCGAUCCGCCUGCAAUUCUGCCUACGAGCACGGUCUCUCUGGAACGUAGCGUUACAUUCACAGAGCCCAAAAUUAAAGUUAUACCUCCAGCUGGAGGCAGUCGCGCGGGUCUUCUCAUGCAUAUGCACACAGAAUACACCAGCAUCACGGACGAACUGGAAUCUGUGUGCGGUCUGCUGAGUCCGCCGAGGUCUCCUGGAUUGCUUUCGCCGCCCAGACCGGAACAGUCGCCGCCAAGUUCACGAAAACGCAAUCCAUCCGAAAUGUCCAAUCCUGAGAUCGCUCUUAACUUGGAAAAAGAACACUUGCGUAGCGCCGAAGAAUGCGACUACAUGGUCAUGGAAAAUCUCAUACAACGACGGUACAGCGAAGAAAACGAAGAAGAAGAAGACGUGGCCGACAUAGAUCGCACAGUCGUUCAAAAUCCCGCGUUACUCUCCGUCAUGUCAGAGACUCGAGAAUACCGAGUAAACUCGUGGCCUAGUCGAAACACGCUUCGCAGAUCAACGGCUAUAGAAGAUGACUCACCGGCGAUGCAAGCCACUUUAGGUAAUGGUUCUUCAGGUUCUUCAGCAGAUCGUCAAGAUUCGACGGAAUCUAGUGAUAACGCUUCAUCCGCCAUUAACCACCCGCCAAUGCCGCAAAGGCCUUCCAUCGUCAUCGAUUCUUCUCAGUUACCUAUUCAGAAAGAAGUCCUUCCAAAGGCUGAAUCCAAAGGUAGUCUUCAUAUGCAGUCGGAGACCAUGUGUUAAUGGUAGUUAUAGUUUUCAUAUGUCUUUCCUACGGCUAUGUUUGCUAGACACUUGGGUCCUAGAAGGGGGCGUUCAUUAGCAUUUUUUGAUGGUUCUAGUAGAUAUUUGAUGAAUAUUUCUAAUUCAUUAAGAAUACUCUAUUUAUUUUACCAACCGAGGCCCACAAGCCAGAACAUCUACUUUACUUGAAAAUGGGAAUAUUUAUCAGGAGAUAUUAGUUCCCCACCAUUAUAUAGACGGGGAAACUUAAAAAAUAAGGGAAGAAAAAUAAUAAGAGAACAAAUUUUUUGAAAGUUUCCCAGUUUCUAUAUAAUGAUGGAGAAGUAGAACAUCUAGAAUUUAAAAUUCGAAUGUCAAACUAGAAAACAUUUAACUAAUAUCAUAAGAGACAUUAGUCACAAACAUUCGAAUAUUUAUUGUUUCUCUUCUUUGUAAUAUUCGUUAACACAAAGUAACAUUCUGCUCUUCAUAACGACUAGUAUAUAAAAAAGGUAAGACAACCUAAUGAAAAUAGGACUGCGCACAAAUUUCCAUCUAUAAGUAGAUAAAAUUAUUCAUGUAUGUAUUAGUAACUUUCUAAGCUACUGAGGAAAAAAGCUGAUUUGUUCAAAAAAAGAUAGUGGUAACAAAAAUUCAAAUAGAAAUGACCAUUCUAAAUAAAAAAUGUAUUUUGUAGUAAUGGUCCAAAGCUUUCUCAGCUUGACUAAUACUCUGUUAAUUACACCUAAUAAAGGUAUUAUAUAGUAUUAUAUAGCGAAACAUAUAUUUUUAUUUGGUACAGUGUUCAUUUCAAAAUUUGUAAAUAAUUUUGUGCGUUUUUGGCAUAUUCAAACCUAAUAGGGAAAUAUUUCCAUGGAAGACAUAUCAGUUUUCAGUUUUUUCUUCUAUCACAAAUGAUAUUAACUUUCUCAUAAUCAUAUGUACAUUCAAAUUAUCAAUUAUGUUGAAAUCCUAAUCAUAUUUACAUUCAAAUCAUCAAUUGUGUUGCUACUUCAUCAGGAAACGACUAAAAUUGACAGUUUCAGUCAUCUCCUGAUGAUGCUAUCUUGGUUAGCGAAAGGAACGUCGAAAAACAGUUGAAUUUUUUAUGGUGUGGAAAAGUAUUUUCAAUAGAAUGGUAACCAUGUAUGAUCACAAAUUACUUGCACUCACCCUAAAGAAGAGAAACAAGAAUCUCAAUUCUCAAAUAUCAAUGAUUAAGAAAUAUAAUUUAAUACCGUUUUACUUUUUACUGUUGUACGGGAGCAGUAAGCUAUCUGAAGGAAUUUGUAUUGUUUGAAGGGAUUCCGAAGUUUCUGGCAAAUUUAAGCACGUGUAGUUAUAAUUUUACUGUUCCCAACACCUGGCCCUAAUAAUGGAAAAUUACUUCCUCGACCUUUCACCCUGAGUAUUUUUGAAUUCCUGCCACGGUAAUUGUUUCUAUGCUGUUGAAAUAUUAUUCAAAGGUGUUUGUUCAGAAAAUAAUGUAUAAUAUUCAAAUGUAAUCACUCAACUCUAAGGAAUCAAAACUUUGUUACUCAAUAAUAUUUCUCUUGUUUUACAAUUGUUUUUCAUAUAAAAAAAUUUUUAUGUUGAUGUUUUGAAUUUCUUAGAAUCAAAUCGUAUUCACACGAGAAGCAAGCAAAUUUGUCGAUGAGGUUAACAUUUCUUUUUCUGUAAUAAUUUGAAAAUGCGACAUGAUAUAUUUCGAAUAUUACUCUAUGAAGAAAUGUGACAAUCUAGUUCACCAUGGCUGAAUGAAUGCUGUUUGUUUUUCCCUUAAAAUAUUGGUUGCCGACACAUAAUCGGUAGUUUUUUAUCUAAUUGUACAACUAUAAAUCUUCAAAAAGACUAAAUUUCUGAAAAUAAAUUGCUAUAUAUAAUGAAAUGUAAAUAAAAGCAUAUCUUCAUUUUUUUUUUGUAGGUAGAGAUGUAAGUUUGGAUCUUUUAUUUUUAUCAAAUUACCAUCAUAAAUCUGUUUGUAUGUAAUUAUCAGUAGUUGUUAAUACAUAGAUGUUUGGAAUCUUCCUUUUGAUCUAUUGAUCGAAGAGAUCAAUAUUACUGUAUUAGUUUCUUUUUGUUAUGAAUAGACAGUCAAAUGAUCAUUACUAGUACAUUUUUGUGAUAUUUUCAAU